AUGAUUAUUCAAUAUGAAAGCAGAUCUAAUGGGAACCAAGACAAGGUGGUGAAUGGAGAGAAGGGACUUGAGAGAGUUGAUGAUAUUUUGACUAUUGGUGAUAUAACUAAUGUUGCUGACCAUAUCGUUUCAACAAGGAAAAACUCGCCAAUAAAGAAGAUUCAACCAAACCCAAGACCCAAGCCCACAAAAAGCAAACCUUCCAAAGCUAGAAGGUCCAAAACCAAUGCAAAAGGUAGCGGAAAAGUUACCAAUCCUAUAGUGAAACAGAAGCCAGUCAGGAAGCCAACAGCUUUUGAUGGUUUUAAACCAAUUUUGGACGCCCCUAAAGGAAAAGGCAGUGAAGCUAUAUUACCAUUGAAAAUAGAGAAACAACACACGUCUCUUGAUCCUGGCGACCUCCCAUUUAUUGACUCAAAAUCUACCAUUCCAUCUAUUCAACUAUCUGAAUUCCAACAACCACCAAAAUCAGCAUCUACACCCUUCAAUAAUUCAUUAAUAGAGUCAUACAAUGACAAUCCGAUUUCAAGAAGUACACCACUUGACCAGCGGCCGUUGGGGUAUUCUACGCCGUUAUUCCAUUUCACUCCGCAAGAUGUAUCACCAGAUAAUACAGGAUCAGGUUUACAAGAGUGUUCAAGUUCUCUUUCAAGACUACUAAGUAAUGAAAGCCCAUUAGCUAGUAAGAACCAGUUUGAUAGUCUUAGAGAUGAUAUACACAAAAUUACAGAUCGCAUUAAAAAUAAUGUGUCACUAAAGAAUACUUCCUCUGAUUCGGAAUAUUAUCCAAGAGGUGAUAUCAGUAUCAAAGAUGUUAGUUAUGAUCUUAGUGAAGCUGAUGACAAUAUGAAGACUCCUUCAGGCUCUUCAGGUUCAUCUGAAACCCAAAUUCCAAGUAAAAGUAUAUUGAAAAUUCCAGGGUCAUCUUCAUCUUUUAGCGAUAGACCAAAAAAAUCAGUCAAAAUAAAUGAAACUGCUUAUGUUAACCCAAUUCCUCUGAAGAAUUUACACAGAAGGAAGAAGAAAAGACGAGCAACUGAUGAUUUAGCUUUGAGAUCAAGUAAAAAAGUUAAGCUACUACAUAAAGUUGAUUCAAAUACAAGCUAUUCCGACCUUUUAGCUCUAUGUGGUGAAGAGAAAGAUCCUAUAGAUUUGAUAUUACACUAA